AUGUGCCUUUCGCAGCAGUCUGCGCCCGUGCAAGAGGAGAUAUUCUCAAGCACGACUGGCAACUGCAGAGAGGCAACAUGCAAGGGCAUCUGCUUCAAUUCUGCAUCUGAUGAGCCAGCAGAUACUGACGUCACGAUUCGGCGGACGAUCGGCAACUUGGAUGCCUUGCUUGGCAUAGAGGAAGACGAGAAAGGGAAGCCCAUAAACGACGGUGAAAGCAAGGGGGACAGGAGCGCUGGACUGGAGGUGGGAAUUGCGCCAGAGGUGCUUCGACAACUUGCAGAGGCAGAGGCUGCAAGGGGCCCUGAGCCGGGCGAUCUAGCUGAUAUCAAGCAGCUUGAAAAGCAGAUGAUGCAAAUUGCAGAGACUGCAAAGCGCGCUGCAAGCGGCACGGACGAGAAGGAGAGUGAGGCAAUGCUGCGCACAGAGUUUGAGAAGCUGCUGCAGAUUUUGCGGCCGGAGAGUGUGAUGGACAAAGAGGACUUGCAGCAGAUGAAGGACAAAGUCUUUGGCCCAAUGACGUUCUUCGUCACAGAAACGCGCCUCACAGAUGACUUUGCUGUGGACGCCGGCUGGCUCAUACGAGGGAACCUUCGAGCGAAGAAGGAGGAGGUUCUGGGCAUUGUGGACAAGGGAAUUCAUGAAUUGUUCGGCGACAAGUACAGCGUGCUACUGGUGGAGGACCCGGAUGCGGAGGAGGAGGAUGCGCGUGGCGGCGCGCGUGUGGCGUUUCAGGUGAUGCCCACGGCGGCCGUGGAGCCGGCGCCGGCGCCCGCGUGGCAGAGCUACGCCGCGGCCGUCCUCUUCCUCUUCUCCGCCGCCACCUGCCUGCAACUGGGCCUGGCCGCCAACGAAAUCAUCGAGUGGCUGGCCAAGCCGGAGAACCUGCAGGCGGAUAGCCUGCCGCCUUUCGUGGAGAACUUUGAUGUGGCACCCUACCUUGUCUCCGCACUGCCCAUUGCCGGCGGCGUGCUGGGCAUCAACCUGCUGCACGAGCUCGUCCAGCGCUCUGUCGCCGCCAGCAAGCAGGCACGCCCACCCACCACCUCCAACACUAUCAAGCUGGGGCCGCCGCUCUUCGUGCCGAACGGGCAGAUCGGCUCGUUUGGGGCGCUGUCUCAGACGAAGAGCCUGGUGCGCAACCGGACCGACCUCUUCGAUCUGGCCUUCUCCGGGCCUGCAGCCGGCUGCGCCGUCUCGGUCGUGGUCUUCAUCGUGGGCCUCGUGCUCUCCGGCAGUGGCCUCCCCAAGGAGGAGCUGCUGCCGGUGCCGGCGUCGCUGUUCCAGGGCAGCCUGCUGCUGGGGGGACUGGCGCGCGCCGUGCUGGGCCCCGCUGCGGCCGGCGCGCCAACGCUCAUCCACCCGCUCUUCAUCACCGGCUGGUGCGGCCUCGUCGUCAGCGCCCUCAACCUCCUCCCCGUCGGCUCCCUCGACGGCGGCCGCAUGGUCCAGGCGGCGUAUGGGCGGAGUGCGCUGGCUGCCACGUCCUUCUUCACAUACGUGGGCCUGGGCCUUGGCUUCCUGGCAUCCUCCCUGUCACUGCCCUUCGGGCUCUUCGUGCUCAUCUGCCAGAGGAACAGCGAGAAGUACAUCCAGGACAGUGUCACGCCACCGGAGCCAGGUCGACAGCGCAUCACCUGGAUCGCGGUUCUGCUCUCUCUGCUAAUCCUGCUGCCCAUGCUCCCUGAGGCGGCCGAGAAUAUCAGCUCAGUUGCACCGGGCCUUUACUUGUAAAGUUAGAUUUUUGCUCCAGUGAAAACCACUUUGAACUCUUCGACAGUGGUCAGCCAUGAGGGAUGUGUGUGAUAGAAGAUGCAUGUGGCUACAUUGAAGCCAAGUAGAUUGGAUAUUCUGAAGUGGAAAGCAAGCGGGGCAUAUUCUGAAGCAUAGGCAAUGAUGGUGAGACGAGUCUGCAACUGCGAGUCUUUG